AUGAUUCGUAGUGUCAUUCGUGGUCGUGCAAGUUCACGAUUAUUCAGUGUAUUUGCUAGUAGUCGGGAGUAUACUACACGAACACCAGUGAAUACAGGAAUAUUAUUUGUCCCAGAGAAAGAGGCAUGGGUUGUUGAAAGACUGGGGAAAUUCUACAAAACUCUCAAACCGGGGCUCAAUUUUUGCAUUCCCAUAGUGGAUCGCAUUGCUUAUGUGCAGUCACUGAAGGAAGUUGCCAUAGAGAUUCCAGACCAGUCAGCAAUAACGUCAGAUAACGUUGUUCUCCAGUUGAAUGGUGUUCUAUUUCUGAAGGUGAAAGAUCCCUAUUUAGCAUCUUAUGGUGUGUCGGAAGCGGAAUUUGCAAUUACUCAGUUAGCACAAACAAUAAUGCGAUCAGAGAUUGGUAAAAUUAUUCUGGACAAUGUCUUCAGAGAACGAGAAGCAUUAAACAUGCAAAUUGUACAAGCUUUAGGCAAAGCAUCUGAACCAUGGGGGAUUGAAUGUUUACGUUAUGAAAUUCGUGAUGUUCAAGUACCACAAAAGAUUAAAGAAGCUAUGCAAAUGCAAGUUGAAGCUGAAAGAAAAAAACGUGCUUCUAUUUUGGAAUCAGAAGGUCAACGUGAAUCUGCUAUCAAUCGUGCUGAAGGUCUUAAACGUAGUCAGGUAUUAGAGUCAGAAGGUCGUCGAAUAGAGAUUGUAAAUAGAGCUGAAGGUGAAGCUGAGGCUAUGCAACGUCUUGCUGAAGCUCGAGCUAUAUCUAUUCAAACUGUUGCGUGUGCUAUUGCUGGCAAGCGUGGAGCAGAUGCUGUACAACUUGCAGUAGCUGAACAGUAUAUAAAUGCUUUCAAUUCUUUGGCUAAAACAACUAAUACAGUGUUAUUACCAUCAAAUAGUGGUGAUGUUGCAUCUAUGGUUACACAAGCGUUAUCAAUAUUCAAGAGUUUAGACAAAUCAGGAUCUACCAGUGAUGGCACUGACGAUGGUGGUGGAGAUAACAACAAACCGGCGCCCACAUCAAAAACUGACAACACUAGUGAUAUUCAAUCACAGAGUGGCAGUAGUAGUACUAGUGAUACACGACCUGUUAAUUGUCGAUUUCUAUCAAGGAACAGAUCAAACAAACCGUCAACUCCUUCAGAGACUGAUGUCAAUACUGCUACCGGUGCUUCUGCUUCUUCUUCUUCUACUGCUUUAGGUGGUGAUUAUAAUGUCGGGAAUGAUUAUAGUCGAGAAGGAGACUACGACAACGAAGUACAACAUACCAGUAGAAAAUAUGUCAAUAGGAAUUAA